AUGAUUUUGCGCUCUUCCUCCAGCACGCUAGGGGGCGACCGGGAGUCAUCAGAGGGAUAAAACAGGAAGCGGCGAGUGAAAUGUGCGGAAACUCAAAAUGGAGCCCAGAAGAGAAACAGCGCAUUAGUUCUCCAAAUCGCAGACAGAGAUGAAGGUGAAGAUAAAGCAGUGGCACGGUGUGGCGUCAUGGCUCUGGGUGGCCAAUGAUGAAAACUGUGGCAUCUGCAGAGCUCCGUUCAACGGCUGCUGUCCAGACUGUAAAGUCCCCGGAGACGACUGCCCGCUGGUGUGGGGUCAGUGCUCCCACUGCUUCCACAUGCACUGCAUCCUCAAGUGGCUGAACUCGCAGCAGGUGCAGCAGCAGUGCCCCAUGUGCCGGCAGGAGUGGAAGUUUAAAGAGGGAGAGACGACAUGAAGUGACGGAAUAAACGAUUACAGCGUCCAGUCUCUGCUUUGUUUUGCUCUUAUGUACACAACCAAUAAACUAAUUAUAUUUAUACACUCUA